AUGGAUGACUACGAGUAUGACCCAAAUGUAGCUGAUGAGCCCCUCGACACUGCGGCUCAGGCGGUAUCUUCAUGGCUGAAGGACGAGGUUGUUGUGCCGAGAAAGAAGGAUGGCUGGCAGACGUCUUUCUGCAUGUGUGUUCAGAACUCCAACAUUGCUAGCUGGUACCAGUACGCCUCUUCGAUGUACGUGGUCGACACCUGCAGUCAUGAAGAUGGCUUCGUGCUUCGCACAGGCCACAUGCAGGACCGCCAUGUCCAGCCACUCCAGGGCAUGAUGGCGUGUGACACGCUGAAGGUGGUGUCGUACUGCUUGUCGCACGAAGCACCAGAAGCUCUCCCCAUGUGGAAACCACUGUGCGACCAUGCUCACUACACAAUUCCAUCAUGCGACGUUGCCUGCAAUUCGGCGGUGCGUGUGGCUGGCAGCCUUGGUGCUCUCGCACUAGGCAGAUCCACAAGUGCAAGCUUGGCUUCAGGCAAUUAG